GUGUAACAUGAUUAUAUGUGACAAAUUCUUAAACAAUAUGUUGAAAUAUAUAUGAAAAUACAAUAAAUAUUAAUUAAAAUCCAUUACAUAUAAGAAUUAAUAUCACUUCCCUUUCCACUGGAUUAAAAUCCAAGUGUUUUCAAAAUGACGACCAGAAAAAGAAGUGGCUCGGGCUCCAAGAGACAAUUCAAAGAAAAAGUAGUCUUGAUAUAUGAGUCCUUCUUCAGAGGGGAGGAAAAGCCUCCUGUGAAUGUACAAUCUUUCUGGGAUGAAUUCUUUUUGUUGAAACCGAAAGCGGUUAGUCUGGAGGCAGAGAUUUUGAGAUUGACGAAUGAACAGUUGUUGGGGAUGAAGGAGAAUAUUAAUUUGUUGUUUGCGCAAUGUGUAGAAACCUUAGGUCAAGAGCACCACAUUAGAGUAGUCUAUGCCUUACAAACUUUGUGUGCGUUAACGCAUGCUGUAUAUAAAAAGACUUCAAUGGAAUCAGGAUUUGAUGUGAUCAAUAUUUUGAUGGGGUUUAGUGUUGCUGAAGAAAGAAUGACGACCCUGCUGGAUCAUAUUAAUUUAUUUUUAACGGGGAAUUUGCCAGAUAGUCUAAAAGCCUUAUGUUUAAAAUUACUGCUCGUGUUAGUCACAGGAACUGAUAAUGUUAGUCAAAAUACUCUUUUGGAAUACGUGAUGAUUCACAGCACUUUUGAAGCCCUAAUUCAACUUUUAAGUCAUUCUACAUCUCGUCAAGCACAUGGUCAUGAUGUUGUGUUGCUAUUGACAUUACUUGUAAACUAUAGAAAACACGAAGCUGCAAAUCCAUAUAUAGUAAAACUUUCUAUAGUAGAUGAUGAGUUAGCACUAAAUGGAUAUGGACAAGUAAUAACUGCAUCUUUGUCAGAGUUUUGCCGGCAACAUUCAUCUCAAAACUCUGAAAAUAAUUCUUCACAGCAAGGCCAAUCGUGGUUGACUUCUUUUACAUCAAUGGUUGGAAGCAUGUUUGUUUCAGAUGAAACGCAAGGCACAAGGGGGCAACAGAUUAGGGCCAACAAUGCAUUACUCCUAGCUCUUUAUGAAGCAGUACAUCUCAACCGAAAUUUUAUCACCACAUUAACUCAUAGUCAAACAGAAGCCUCGAGUGCGCCCCCUUCCCCGUCUAACACUUUACACAACACUGCCCAUACUGAUAGCUCUGAUGGAGCUCCCAAUCCUGAUUUAACAAGUCUACCGAGCAAUUUGUUGGUGACUUUCUUUCAAUACUGUUCUAUUGUUAUGCAAGAUACUAAAAGUGAAACGAGUUGUAAUAAUGUUAAGUUGUGUUUUAUUGUACUGAGCUGUAUAGCUGAGGACCAGUAUGCGAAUACAAUUAUGCACGAUGGUAAUAUUUUGUAUAAAGUGAGACUCCACAGGAUGCCAAUGCGGCAUAGGAAGAUUAAUAAUACAGAGAGAAUGGGGCAGAGUCAACCAUUGGCAGCUACACUCAUAGAUCUGUUAGUGGAAUUCAUUCGUUCCCACAUGAUGAAAAAAUUGCCAAUGGAGCUCUACCUUUUAUCCAUUGGCAUUAUACACAGAGUUUUGUGUUACCAAAAACGUUCUCGUAUUCGUCUUGACUAUGACUGGAAACAGUUGUGGUGUGCUCUAAUUCAUCUUGUGAAAUAUCUAGUCGAUGCAGAGAAUCACCUUGCCAAAAAAAUGAAUGUUUUUGAUUUACUUUUGAGAGUUGUUAAUGUUUUUAAUUUAUUUAUCACGUAUGGAGACACAUUUUUGCCAACACCAAGCAGCUAUGAUGAACUGUAUUAUGAAUUGAACAGGGUGGCAAAUGUUUUUGAUAAUUUAUAUUUAAUGGCAAGAAGGUAUUCAGCAUUAGAUUGUGAGUACAAACAAGACGCAAUGCGUUUGACAAAUGGUCUAAUUAAUAUAAGAGCAAUCACAAAUCAUUUUGCCCCCAAAAUUCAAGCCUGGCUUGAGAGCAAAGGCUUGUCCACUCCAACAGAGGAACAGGUGCUGGAAGUUGUAAGAGGCAACUACGAUAGUCUCACAUUGAAACUGCAAGACUCACUAGACCAAUAUGAAAGAUACACAGAAAAGCCGACACAUACAUCUUUUUUCACAACGCUUGUACGCGGUAUUGUAAAUGACACCAGAUCAAAUUUAGAUUUUGGAGGUAUGGACCUGCAGGCUAUACUGCAAGAGUUCUCUUCAAUUUCAUAAACAAAC